AAUAUGGAAUUCGGACCCCCAAUGUCUGUCCUAUCGGGAUUCUAUUGCCAUUGCGCUUUCUAUUACAUACAUACAUGCAUGCAUACGUACAUACAUACAUACAUACAUAGCAUUUGAAAUCAGUGUUUUCAGAUUUGAUUAGAAAAUGAUGGACGGAUACAUUCAGAAUAAAGGUCAUUUCUUUCAUUAUUGCUUUUGCCUUUUAUUGGAUAAUAAUAGGAUUUAUCGUCAACGAUGAAUGAGUAAUGCAGUAAUUUGGAUGGGAGGAGAGGGCAUUGAGGGAAUUCCAGUUGUAUGUCGACACGCCACUCCACAGGUUUCUUGUCUUUGCUUUGCCAUGGAACCAACCACCUAGGCUAAUUAAUAAUAACUAAUACAGAGAAGAGAUGAGAUGAGAUGAGAUGAGAUGAGAUCUACCAAAACAUAAACAACAUUUGCAGGUUGGUUUGUUUAGUUUCUACGCAGCUUCUGGUAACAAAAUGAGGGAGCCGAUGGGGAUACACAGCAACGCUGUCGCUGCGCCCCCUCAGCUACUGCUGGAGAGGCUCAAAGAUUACGGCCAGGAAGACUCUUUCGCUCUUUGGGACGAGCUUUCCCCUGAAGAACGCCACCUCCUCCUUAACGAUAUACAGAGUUUGGAUCUUUCCAGAAUAGAUCGGAUUAUUCGCUGCUCGCUUCGAUCCCAGGGACUGCCGGUGGCAGCAAUAGAGCCAGUGCCGGAGAGUUGGGUGUCAUCGGUGGAUGAGAGAACGAUGGAGCACAGAGAAAGGUGGUGGAAGAUGGGAUUGAAGGCUAUCGCAGAAGGCAAAUUGGCUGUUUUGCUCCUAUCUGGUGGACAGGGGACUCGGCUUGGAAGUUCAGAUCCCAAGGGAUGUUUCAAUAUUGGACUUCCUUCUGGGAAGUCGCUUUUUCAACUGCAAGCUGAGCGGAUUUUGUGUGUUCAACGACUAGCUGCACAAGCUAUGAAUGAGGGUUCAGUGACAAUUCACUGGUAUAUAAUGACUAGUCCAUUUACUGAUGAUGCAACGGGAAAAUUCUUUGAGAGUCAUAAAUAUUUUGGUCUUGAAGCAGAUCAAGUUACUUUUUUCCAGCAAGGCACCAUACCUUGUAUCUCAAAGGAUGGUAGAUAUGUCAUGGAGACUCCAUUCAAGGUUGCUAAGUCUCCAGAUGGGAAUGGAGGAGUAUAUACAGCCUUGAAAUCUUCAAGAUUGUUAGAGGAUAUGGCCACGAGAGGGAUUAAAUAUGUUGAUUGCUACGGUGUUGACAAUGCAUUGGUUCGUGUAGCUGAUCCAACAUUCCUGGGAUAUUUCAUUGAUAAAGGUGUAGCUGCAGCUGCUAAAGUUGUCCGGAAGGCCUAUCCCCAGGAAAAGGUUGGUGUUUUUGUAAGGCGAGGUAAAGGUGGACCACUUACUGUGGUUGAAUACACUGAAUUAGAUCAAUCACUGGCUUCUGCAGUAAACCAGCAAACUGGGCGUCUACGUUUUUGUUGGAGUAAUGUGUGCUUACACAUGUUUACUUUGGAUUUUCUAAACCAAGUGGCAAAUGGCCUUGAGAAAGACAGCAUCUACCAUCUGGCGGAGAAAAAAAUUCCAUCUAUUCAUGGUUAUACAAUGGGUUUGAAACUAGAGCAGUUCAUAUUUGAUGCAUUUCCCUAUGCUCCUUCAACUGCUUUGUUUGAGGUAUUGCGAGAGGAAGAGUUUGCACCAGUGAAAAAUGCAAAUGGUUCAAAUUAUGACACUCCAGACAGCGCGAGGCUGCUUGUUCUACGACUACACACACGUUGGGUAGUUGCUGCGGGUGGCUUCUUAACACAUUCAGUGCCAUUAUACUCCACUGGUGUGGAGGUCUCACCGCAUUGUUCUUAUGCUGGAGAAAACCUAGAGUCCAUAUGCCGGGGAAGAACAUUUCAUGCACCUUGUGAAAUAACAUUUUAAUUUGACUUGUAUUAUUCACACAUUCUUGAUUAUGCAGCACCAAGGCAGCCUAUUUGGUUGAAAAGGCAAGGUCGUAUCACAAACAAAUUGGCAAUGGCAUGAUCUCAAGAUUUUGCAAUAAUUCUAUUUAUUGUUGCGGCUUUUUUGAAGUGUUUGGUGCAUUAAUUGAAGCAGUUGUUAUAAUUGGUAAAUCUGUUUAUAACGUUGUAUCAAAUGUAGAGUCCUCUUUCAGAACUCAAAAACACAUUAUUCAUUUCACAUUUUGAUUUGGUUGGGGUAUUAUGUAUUCAGCAUGUGAAUUAGUAAUCACUUAAUCAUUUUUAAGCACUUUAUUUUCAAUAAAGAGAAGAAAAACAUUUACUUAUUGUAAA